UCGCAGUCUGUUCAGUGUGCAGUACAAGAAUCACUUCUUUUACAAUAAUUGCGCACAUCUCGCGCUUCCUUCAUGGCUCCACCUUCCUCUUCUCGAGCGCUCGAGCGAGCAACCAGCACCAGUUCCGAGUGCAGCCCCGAAUCCAUAUUUGCGGAUACUGGAAUCCUCAUCCAUCCAUGGGAAACUGCAUUUUCCAAGAAGCAUGCAAAGGUCGCAACCAAGAUCUAUCGCCUCAUCGGUGAAUAUAUCAAUAUUUGGCUUGGCGAUAUAAACCCCGAGUACUGGACGCUUGGUACCCUCGAGAGCUUGUACAAUCUUCUUUCUGACACCACUCGAGAUAUGCAUGACUCGGAUCAGUGGAGAGAGAAGUUUGGCCAAAUCAAGGUUUACUUGACAAAGUGCGCUGUUGUAGACGCGUGGCGUGGCAUGAAGCCCACACUGUAUCCAAAGCGUCUUCAAGAUGCACAGCUUUGCUUCUCACCUGCUACCAAAGACCCCACGGAUGAGAAGACAGUCGUUGAGAGUGAAAAAUCGGAGGCCGAGCCCUCUAUUCCUUCACCUGAAAGACCCCAACCGAAUCCCGUGACCCGCAAACAUCCUGCAACCGAGUCUCUUCCUGAGGCUUUCCCCAAGCAGCCGCGCCAACAACAGAUUGCUGUUUCAGCGAUGGCAGGCGAUAACACUGAGUUCCUCUCAACUGAUUGCGACCUGAUUUCCGAACUUAAACAAUACCAAGAUGACGCGAUGGACAACUUCCUAAAAAUGCUAAACAAGCUUCUCACCCUCGCAUCAACCACCGUCGCCAGGUUAGCCCGCGAACGAGAGGUCGCCUCAGACCGCGUCAAAAGUCAGGUGGAUAGCGUGGCUAACGCCAGAGAGUGCUUCACUAAGCUCAAAGACGCCACUUCUACCCUCAUGGCCGAAAUGGAAGCUCAUGUAGCGAACGAGAAGAAACUGCAGAGAGCCAAAACUUUUAUCGAAGCCGCAAGCCCUGAGGUUUGGUCAACUGUCUUGAGGGUCCGCGAAAAUGCAAAGUCGAAUACGUCCGCCGCCCUCGAAGAGAAAUGUCACGAACUUGAGGUCGUACAGGCGCACCUCGGCAAGCUGAUUAAAGAGCUCGAGGAAACUCAGGCGUCGAUUUACAUCACAGAUGAGAAGGUUGAACGUGUCGCGGCUCAAUAGGAUGAGUUUGAUGAGUACCGUGUUUUCAUCAGACACAUGAUCCUACUUUGUGAUGCAGGACCCAAGGGACUGGAGAGGGUGGUUGAUGCUUUGAGUGAGCAAGGACUAGAGUUUAAGACAUUGAUUUAUGAGCAUGUAAGCGAUGGACAGGCCAGCGUUGAUAAGUGAACGGAAGGCGACAGGAGUGCAGGCUUCACAAUGAUACCGGUCGUGAACAGUAGCUGGAGUGCAAUCUUGUCACGGAUCAUGGAUGGACGAUGGCUUUUCGGUGGAUAUCCCCAGGAUGGGGCAGUGUUUAUGUGUACAAAACAAUUACUCAGACAAUCUUACGAUUGAAGCUUCACUGACGUCAUCACUGAGAUUCAAAUAAACAAGCAACA